UCCAGCAGCACAUACGUUUUCCCGCCUCGACGGCGUUUUUCGAAUCUCGCAGUGUCGAACGCACGCAGGCCGCACCGCGAGUUCCAACUUUCGCCCAGGAGUUUCUUCGCACGUCGCGCCUUCGGUCGCGGGUUUUUCGGGGACUUUGACCAUUUUAUUUUUUUCGGCGUGUCUUGGUGAAAAUGUUGUUGGGGACUUUUUUUGGAUUUGAUUAGUUUUUUAAGGUCGCAUCAACAGUCUUUCAGCUGAACAAUCCAGAUAUUAUAAGUUAAAUUUCCAAAAAGGUGCAGUCGCAUCGUCCAGAAAAGCGUGGGUUAUCUUUUUUGAUCGUCGGUGAAGGGGAAAAAAGGCGACGUAACAGAUGUAGUUAUGGACUUUGGAAUUGAGUAGCUUCGGAGUUUAAUGCGCGUGGAUUUAGCAGUCGCAACAUCUGGCGACUGAGCAAUUUUAAAUAAAGCCUGCGAUACAAGAUUUAUUGGUUAUCGGUACGGGCGAUUUUCAACGGAACUUACUGGAGGCUAUGUGAAUUCGGAAAACUUUCUAGUGCGGGGUUAUCCAUGGACACCUACUGGGGGCAUGCUAUCGGAAGGCGACGGCUGGUUAAGACUGUGUCUGGACGACGGGGCUCCGAGGCGGCCCGGCUGGAGGGAUGAUGGCGGCACGCGGGGCGGCCAGCAGUAGACGCCUGGUGGUCCGGGGCGGCUGGUGACGAGAUGCGCGUGGCGCCCGGUGUGAGGCGGUCGUGUUCGUCGGCGGCGGCGUGGGCGUGCGCGACGGUGGUUAUCGUGGUGGCGUGGCUCGUGGACGGUUCGGGCGCCGGCGCCUCCCUGCUCGUGCACAAGUACAGUACGCGGGUGGUGCGCACCAAGUACGGCCCGCUCAGGGGCGUCAUGAUACACAUUCAUCCCCCCGUCGAGGCGUUCCUUGGCGUGCCCUAUGCUACGCCGCCAGUUGGGAGUUUGAGAUACAUGCCUCCGGUGACGCCGUCCAUUUGGAAGAACACCCGACUGGCGGACCGUUUCGGGGCCGUGUGCCCCCAACGGCCGCCCGACAUCGGCAACCGCUCCGAAGCGCUGCUCGACUUCCCGCGGGGACGGCUGCUCUAUCUCGAGAAGCUGCUGCCGCUGCUCGCCAACCAGAGCGAGGACUGUCUCUAUCUCAACCUCUACGUGCCCCGCACAGCGACGGGCGAAGAGGAAGCGGAACCCCUGCCCUGCGUAGUUUAUGUGCACGGGGAAAGUUACGAAUGGAAUUCCGGUAAUCCCUACGAUGGAACGGUGCUGGCUUCCACUGGGAGAGUUAUCGUUGUCACUAUCAAUUUCAGACUAGGUGUAUUAGGUUUUCUAAAGACUGGCACGAAGGGCAGCGCCCAGGGUAAUUUCGGAUUGAUGGAUCUGGUGGCCGGUCUGCACUGGCUGAGGGAGAACCUGCCCGCCUUCGGCGGCGAUCCGGAGAAGGUCACGUUAAUGGGUCACAGCACGGGAGCGGCCCUGGUCAAUUUCAUCGCCGUUUCGCCGGUUGCAAAAGAGCUCCUGCACAGGGUAAUCCUCUUAAGUGGCUCCGGUCUGAGUCCCUGGGCUCUCCAGAGGGAUCCGCUGUGGGUCAAGCGCAGCGUGGCCAAACACACGGGCUGUCACGGCGACCUGCACGAAGACGAUCUGGCGCCCUGCCUAAGGCAGAAGCAUCUCAACGAGCUGCUCAGCGUUAGGGUCGAGGCGCCCAGGUUUUUGCCAGGUUUCGCCCCAUUCAUCGACGGAACAAUACUUUUGAAUCCGACGAACUCGCCGCCGGCGUCCGGCUCGUCGACGGUGGCCACGUCGGCCGGCUACGAGCUGGCCGACUUCCCCGACCGCGAUCUGCUCUUCGGACUGACCAGCACCGAAUCCUAUCUGGACCUCAACGCCCAGGACCUCGAGUUCGGUUUCAACGAGACGAAACGCGACAGGAUAUUGAGGACUUACGUGCGUAACUCGUACUAUUAUCAUCUGAACGAGAUUUUCUCGACGUUAAAGAACGAGUACACGGACUGGGAACGGCCGACGCAGAAUCCGUUGAGUGUUAGGGACGCCACGUUGGACGUGUUGAGUGACGGGCACACGGCCUCGCCGCUUAUCAGGGUCGGGUAUUUGCAUAGUAUGAGUGGGGGCAAGACGUUUUUUCUACACUUCCAGCAUCACGGCGGCGAAAGAGACCUUCCAAUGAGGACAGGUAGCGUGAGGGGCGAGGACCUGCCUUACGUCCUGGGACUGCCGUUGAUUGGGGGCGGUCCCUUUUUUCCGCACAACUACAGCCACGGCGACGCCGCCGUCUCCAAAACGCUCAUCCACUACAUCAGCAAUUUCAUACGUAAAGGGGACCCAAAUGGCGCUGUUCCAAAUGCGUCGGCGUCCGAGGCCAAAAAUCAACAGCAACCAAAGGGACACGACGACACGCCGACCGAAUAUUGGGACACAUACGACACCAUUAACCAGUUCUACUUGGAAUUAGGAAACCGUCCGGCAAGAAAGAGUCAUUACAGAGGACAUAAAAUGUCUCUCUGGCUGAAUCUCAUUCCUCAGCUGCACAGGCCGGGAGACGGCGACGACAUUUCUAUGAGACAUCAUCAUUUCCAGGAGGAGGAUGAUCAAUAUUACGACGGUUCCGUGCGUCCCCAAACAAAGGACAAGCCUCCGGUCGCCCACAUAUUACCGCCGCCUCCACCUCCGACAACCGUGCGUUUGCCACCGGCCACAACUUCACCGACGCCUCCGCCACCGAAGUCGGACACGGCCCUCCAGGCCACCACCACGGAGUGUCCGCCUAACGCCACCAUGCCCAUGCCUGCGGUUAUCAAAAAUAACAACAACCUGUUGAGGAAGUUGGCCUCAAGCCACUACCAGAGCUACACCACAGCCCUGACUGUUACCAUAGCAGUCGGUUGUUUCUUGUUGUUGCUCAACAUUUUGAUAUUCGCCGGCAUCUACCACCAGAAGGACCGGGGCAAGAGCAAACAGAAACAGAAGGAGGAAAUGGUGGAAGCCGGCAGCUGCAGCUCAGGCUCAGGCGAGGCCUACGAGAAAGCCAUGGAGCAACGUUCCUACACCCUUCAGCGAGCCAGCAGCUUCGAACGCAAAACCAUGGCGAAUUACAGUGGUUCAGCACAUAGCUGUGAUAAGCGGAAUUUGGCCGAUUUGCAAAUGACCGAGCUUCCGUUACAGGAGUUCAAAUCGUCUCCACCGCCUGCUAAAAGGCCCGAUCUCAAUCCGAAGACUUAUCCGCCGGACGUGACCAGCACCACAUCGACCGGCACACAGAUGGUGACCAGUCCGAACAUACCGGACCCGCCGCCGCCGCCCAAGGGCCAACCGCCGCAGACGUUCAAUCAGACGGGGAUACUGAGGGCGCACGGCGCCCCCACCACGCCCGGCACCAUGAAGAAGCGGGUGCAGAUCCAAGAGAUUUCGGUCUAAGUGCGGACGUUUUUCACUUUGAAUUUAAUGUAAUCUAUGUGGACUUAAGAAAUUUUCUUUUUUUUAUUAAUAAAUGGAAAAUCAAAUCAUAUCUGACUGAAAGAUGAUUUUUAAAAAUAGUAAAAUAAACGCACUGUGAUUGUCAUAACAUUAACUGUCAUUAUUCGAUUCGAUUGAUUUAUUGAUGUGAUGCAGGACCGGUUUUUACAAAGUUUUUUCUGUGAUAUGUACCAUUUUUUUGGUAAUUUCAAUUAGGAAUUAAUUUUGUUAUAUGAAUGUUAUACUGUUGUUUGUUAUCUUAUCUUUCGCAGGGCUGUAAUCAAAGCAUUUACACACUAAAUUAUUUAUGGACUAUGACUGUUUUUUAAAUAACCAAAAUGUUGUAAUAGAAACAAUAUUUUCUAAAUGAUUUUGUAUAAUCAACAUGUUUCUUAUAGAAAUAAGUAAUUCCUCAUUUUAAUUCUUAUGUACAGCAGUGGUCAUUAUUAUAGAAACUUUUUAAAAUUUAUAACUAUUAAAAUAAUAUGUUACAUAUUAUAAUAUUAUCAUCACAAAAAUGAGACACCGUAUUAAAAACCUUUCCACAGCUAAAUCCACAACUGUAAAAUGGGCAAUGUUCAGGCUAGAGGCACGCCUCAACCUUAAAACGCAUGCGCAAAUGUUGUAACCAAAUAUAUAUAUAUAUAAUCAAGGUUGACUACGAAUUGGGGCGAAUAUGCAUAUUUAAAAAUGCCUCCGGAGAACUUGCUCACAAAAUAUUCAUUGAAAUUUAAUGUAAAACUGUUUAUUUAAUUGUUCAUUUUACAACAUAUUACUCUUCUAUCGUUUUUAAAUAUUAAAUUGUAUUCUGUUAUAAAGAAUAAAAACAUAAAAAAUGUAUUUUUUUAUUGAUACUGACGUUAAGUCAAUAAAUCAAUUUCAUGGUGAGGCACUGCCUCACCUGCCUCAUCCAUACUUUUAAUAAGUUGUUAUAAUUGUGGCCACUGUUGUAACUCCUUAGUUUUACUGGAGAUAUAUAAAACAUAUAUAAUUGUUAAUACUUAGAAUUAUAUUUAGAGAAAUUUGUGUAGCAAAAUUUUGUACAUAAACAAGGGGUCCACUAAAAAUAUUUAUGUUAAAAAGGAUGCCAAACUAUUGUGUUAUCGUCACAUAAAUAUGUAUGUAAAUACUAAUUAUAUUAACGAUGGUAUUGUUUUGGAAUUGAUGAACUUCCUAAGCUCAAACACUUCAGCAACUAUAAUUUCAAAGAUUCCAAAAACUGGUCCUGCAAAAAACAAAAACGUCAAAUCAAACCAUUUACUUUAAGUAAGUGAACUUAGGAAUUGAGUUACGUAUGUACACUAUCAAGGUAGCUUGCAUUUAAAUGAAUUGUAACGAAUGAUAUAAGUGAAUUGGUCUUAGAUAUGGUGAAUAUUAUGGCACGAUAGUGCUACUUGUAUAUUUAUAUAAAGUGCUAAAUCAAAGUAUGCCAUCGAUAACUACGAUAGACAUUCUUUUUACUCCCGUAUUGUUGAUAAGAAUAUCCAUUGUAUAAAAUAUCUUAGACAAUCAAUGUCUCAUUUUAAUGUCAUCGUAAAGUCGACUUUAUUUCAACUCGUAAAACUAAACAACUAAAUAAAAAUUGUGAAUUCUGAUUGAUGCGGUGUUAAGACGGAUGUAGCAUUUUAAUUUUAAAAGGAUUUUAUAACGAGCGACGUAAUAAAAUCUGGCGUCUUAACCCUGUAAUUUACCGUCUUUAUCGUGUUUCAGUGUCCCUUUAAAUUAUUGUUAUCAACAAUAUUCGUUUCGUGCCAAUGUUAUUGUUCUAAAACACUAAUUGUAAAUUUUUAAAGUGUAAAUAGUGUAUAGUGAGUGCACGGUUUAAACAAGAACUGCCAUAAUUUUAAGAAAAUUUACUAAAUUGCAUUUAUUACUAAGGCCUUAUGAUGCAAUUUAGUACUCUAAUUUUAAAAUUAACCGUGUGCUUACGAUACUUUUUCAGUUUUAUAACGAAAUAGCAUCAGCUUACUGACAAACUGUUUAGACAAACAUGACUAUUGAACAUAAAAAUGUGGCAACAACUACCUCAGAUACUAAUAAAUGACAACAAUAGUACUUUUUAAUGUGUCUCCAGCACUUUUAUCUUAUCAAAACACUAUUGAUUAAUCAACCUCCUACUUAAGAAUGACAAGUUUUUUUGUUGUGUACUAAGCAAUAGACAUGUUUAUCUGAUACUUACCCACUAAAUAGAUGUGUACAUAAUAUUACAGGUAUUUUUAUAUACUUUACUUAUAAUAAUGGAGCUGAUGAAAUUUCUGCGUGGAUAUAAUUUUAAGCAAAAGUGCAGAAAUCUGAUGUUUAUUAUAAAAAGUACAUCCUUUAUCGAUGUGACAUCUGAAAUGUUUAUUAAUAAAUACGUUAUAAUAUUUAAUAAUCUCUUUUUAUUAUUAACGUUAGCUUUAAUAAAGAAUUUGUACAGUAUAAUUGCAUGUGUAUGACCCAAAACUUGUCAUGAUGUAAUCGUGGUUGCAUACUGUGAGCUUGUAAAUAGCCGUCAUAAUCAUAUUGUAAAUAUUGUAAAAACUUAUUGUAUAUAAAAUAGAUUAUAAAUACGAUUUCUUGUUGGAAAAUAUAUCACAACCAUUCAAUGACACUUGUGUUUUAGAUUUUUUAGCACUAGUAACAUAAUCUAAUCUAACUGGAGUAAGAA